AUGUCGAUUUCCACCCUGAGCCGGUUCUUAAUUAAACAGCGCUCAAUAUGCAUCAAUCCAAGUCGCUUAGGUCUGCAAAGGAAUUUGAUGGGUACUUUGAACCCAACAAUAUCAUAUUCUACAAGAAAUGUGGUAAUAAAACAGUCAUUAUACAGGUCGUCAAGGCACUAUAGCAGUAAACCCGGGGGUGAGAUCAAUGGUUAUUUACACAGGGUUAAUAAAGCUGAACUGGAGAAAGAUAGACUCCUUGCACAAACCAGAAAUCCAUUUCAGAAGCUGCUCAUCCAUUUGCGAUGGUCGUUAAAACGGUCAACUAAGCCGUUUAAUACAGACGAUAUAGGAGCAUUUAUUUCGUGGAUUUUGGUGAGUAAUGUGAUCAUGAUUAUACUAGCUACAACUACUUUUGCAUCUUUGAUAAUAUACUUGACGAAUACUGUUUUCGCCCAGGAAUAUGUUGCGACCCAGAUUGGUAACUUGAUUACAAGGAAUGGAACAGUCUCAGUCGUUUUUGAGAAGGCUAUAGUACCAGGAUGGUCUUCAGGGAAAAUUUGUUUUAAAAAUGUUUUCGUAUCACGAAGACCCACUUUGGCGGGGGGGUUUGCUAAAGGUUCUCAACAAGAGGCAGUAGAACGGGCCAAGUUGGCAUUAAGCGAACAGCUGCUAGUUAACAGGCACGAGUUUGACGACGCAACAUACACUCAGUACGACCUUACGAUAGAUCAAGUUGAAAUAUCUCUUAGCUUCAGCAAGUGGUUGAAUGGAAAAGGUAUACUAGAUGAGGUUACUAUUAGCGGCUUAAGGGGGCUGGUGGACAGAACACACGUUGUAUGGGAAGAAAAUGAUGAUCCCCGUCGUUAUUUGAACGUUUAUCAGCCAGGUGAUUUUCAUAUUUCUAAUUUCAAAAUGAAUGAUGUUUUAUUUACACUGUAUCAGCCUGGAGGUUUCAGGCCUUUCCAGGUUAGUAUUUUCAACUGUGAGCUUCCCCAGCUUCGCAAGCAUUGGCUGUUUUUUGAUAUUCUCAAUGCAUCAAGUAUGAGUGGGACCUACGAUGACUCCAUGUUUACAAUACACCGAAAGUUCAAAAAGACAGAAGACGGUGACUCCUCUCACUGGAGAACGUAUACCAGAAUGCGCGUCGACAACUUAAACGUAGACCAUUUGAAUGCGGGAGUAGAGGGCCCCUUUAGCUGGAUUAGAGGUGGACAAGUGGACAUGAUAGGUGAUAUCUUGUUACCUGAGGAUGAUAUGAGCCCUGCUGAUUUAACUGACAUGAUUUCCAGCAUCGGGGACUGGCUACUUAAGGAAGCAUACAGACAUUCCCCUCUUGCCCCAUUUCCAACUGAACAGAAAGACAAUAUAGACCCGCGGCAGUAUUUCAUAAUGGAUUUUUUUUUACGACUUCACAACGUACAAGCUGAAGUGCCAUUAUUCGCACCAGAGCUCAGCUACAUCAAUAACGCCCUAAUUCGGCCUAUAGUUGGUUAUAUUAACUCCAAAAGAAGUUAUAUUCCUAUUAAGUGCCGCGUCGUAAAGAACAUAAGCGAUUUUGAGGGAUCGUGGACGAUAUACGACUCAGUUUUGAUGGACGAUUUAAGUGCAGAAGUCUACGACGCGUUCGCCAAGUACGUUGCGGACGAUGAACGCAAAAACUUACGGUUGAAGAGAGUAGGAUUUUGGUCGUUACAGAUACUUAUUCAAUUGAUCUUGAUGAGCCUUGGAGCAAUUGCAUAG